AUGGUUGAGGUUGGUGGUGUGAGGGUUGAUGGGGGUUUGGAGGAGACGGUGGUUGAGGGGAGAUUUGAGUAUGGUGAUGGUGAGGAUAGUGAGGAGGAUGAGGGGGGAUUUGAGGUGGAAGGCGAGAGUAUUGAUAGUGUUGAUGAAGGCGGUAGUGAUGAAAUUGAGGGUGUUGAUGUCGAAGUUCUUGUAGUUUCCCCAUGCCAUAACUCGAAAGCACUUCCACCACCAAAACAAAAUCCAACAACCAAGACCCGAUACAAAAAACACUUCAUCCUGGUAAAACCAACUUUCAAUUUGUAA